CUUGAUCAGAUCUGACCAGCAACUUAAUUAUCGUCCGACUGGAGCUCCUUUUCAGAAGUGAUGACAUCUAGCUACAACCUGCGGAUUGCCUUCGUGGCAGUCCUUUUCGGACUCAGUUCAUCACAUCCUGUCAAUGGGGAUGAAGAACAUGCAGGGACAUCCGCACCAUGUACAAGUGGGCCUCUAGGCAUGCAAAAUGGUGCCCUCCCAGACAGAAGCAUCACGGCGUCAUCAUACUAUUUUGGUUACUACCCACGCUACGCUCGCCUCAAUGUCGGAAAUUACGGAUGGAGACCAAGAUAUACAUCAAACCAGUGGAUCCAAGUUGAUCUGGGUCAACCCACUGCGGUUACUGGGGUCACCAUGCAAGGAAGAUACAUUGCGACCAGUUACUAUGUUCGGGCAUUUUCAGUGCAGUACAGCCUCACUGCUGAGUCAGGUGACUGGCGUAGUUUGUCAAGUGCAAACGACGAACCCAUCACAUUCUUAGUGUACAGUGGUCGACCAACGAACGUCACCUUCCCGUUGGUACCGAUAGCAAGGUUUAUUCGCAUAUUACCAACUCAGUCGUAUGGUUCCUGCUACUAUCUAAGAUUUGAGGUGCUCGGGUGCCAAGUCCCAGAAGAUGGGUCGAUAAAGUUGGUUGACGGCGAUGAUCGUCACAGCGGCCGAGUAGAGAUCUACCACCACGGCGAAGGUGUUAGCUGGGGUGCCGUCUGUGCGGACAGUUGGGACAUCAACGACGCCAACGUUGUUUGCCGUCAGCUUGACCUCGGUGCCGCUAUUCAGGCGAGCACAGCGUCAGACUUCGGGAGUGGUGACCUGCCGAUCGUGAUGAACAAAGUCGCCUGCGAAGGGACAGAGAGUCGGCUAGCUGACUGCCCGUUCGUCUGCACCAAGUAUCAGCAGUGUAACGACUCAACUAUUGCCGGGGUGGUUUGCCAACCGAAACUUAACACCAUUCGGUUGGUGGGAGGCUCCAAUAACACCAGUGGUCGAGUGGAGAUCUACCGCAACGACACUUGGGGCACGAUCUGCGACGACAAGUGGGACAUCGACGACGCUUCCGUGGUCUGCCGUGAGCUCGGGUUCGAGGACGCAAAGGAGGCCAAGUCCGGCGCCUACUUUGGCCAGGGGAGGGGGCCCGUCCACAUGGACGGUGUGGCCUGUGCCGGUUCGGAGGACGCCCUCGGUGAUUGUCCGUCCCGUUGCUGGGAGGAGUCGACUUGUGGCCACAGCCAAGAUGCUGGAGUGAUCUGUCUUGGCGAUGAAGACACCAUUGGUGACAUCGACACUCAGUAGGAAACGCAUAAAGCGGUUAAACUUUCCACAGCGGUAACAAUGAUAUUGUACGCAUAGCUAAUCUUGCAGGUGCGCUAGGCGUGUCGUGUAGAGAUAAAUUUGACAACAAGCGUCACCAUUACAGCUUCAGCUUAAUUAUAGAAUGUGUAUGAAAAUUAAUACACACACUUAACUUUUUCUAGUUUAAAGAAGUGAUAUUGCUAAGUGCAAUUCCAGUGACAACGUACUCAGACUAGAGUCAAUCAGUGGAUUUAGUUUAAAAGUUGUUAUCGAAUGGACAAGGUGACACUUUAUAAGGAAACUUUUACAAAUAGAGUGUAAGGCUCUGUCGUUAAAAUGAAAAUUGUUCAUACACCCAUUCAAAAUUCAGGUAACACAGAAUUUAUAACCAACUGACCAUAGAAUUGACAGCCAACAGCUUAGAUCUUUGCCAAAGGAUUGACGAGUGUCUUUUUUGCCUGGGUCAACCACUAUAUCCAGUUCAAAUGUUUUAAGAAAAUAGCAAACUACCAUUUAUUCAAGGGUUGUUUAUAAUUUUGGUCUUAACUGAUGUAUCUUCUAUGUAUUUUUAGUAGUGAAACCGUUUCAUUAGUAUAGAAAAUUUCAGGUUAACGGAGCCUUGAUGAUCUGUGUGUCUUUGAAUGAGCAUGUUCUUAGCACCCAAACACGAAAUAUUGUAACCAUUGACACUAUUUUGACUGUGAAGAGUAAAACAUUCGACUUAAAAAGAUAUAGCCUCUUCAGCCAUCCAGCAAUGGCUCAAGUCGAGUCAUUGACUUGAUUCAUUACAACUAUGGUACAUAACACCGAGCCAAUUCGUUAAACCGUUGAGGUGACCUUUUCCAUUAAGUAGGGCCUAAGUAGCAGAGAGGAUCCACGGGCUAGUCGUGAGUCACAAAAUGUUAUCAAAGGUUUAAGAGACCACAAAACCUAACACAAAAUCUAUUUUUUCUAUCGGUCACCCUUUAUUAUACGGUCGUGCGUCAAAUUGUGUACACAUUGUACACAUGUGCAUUCGUGUACAUAUGCACCCCCCACAAAACAAAACCCUCUGCCUUCCGCCCCUUUCCUGCGCAAGUAUAAUGUGGACGACCCCUUGAUGGAACAUUUGCAUUUGUAAGAGGCUCUUGAUCUAGGAAAUUGUCCAAAAUGUUGGAAGCUGUGGAUCAGGUUCUAGUGGUCCCGUACGUUAAUCUGCUAUUGGCUGGGGUUCAGCUCACAGGGACACGUCUUGUAACAGAGCCUUUUUUUUCUAAAGGGAGAGGGACAUUGGCCGUUUAGUCAUCCCCGCACACACCUCGCAGUAGUGAGAAGCCAAAAUGUGAUGUCUGAGGUUGUUGUUGAACUUUACAUCCAUGCCGCAAUGUACUGAAUAACACCGAAAAACGUCAAACAAACAGUAUAAAAACUCAAAAUGCACGAUUUUCUGUUAGAUUACGUGCGCAAGUGAUUUGCAUAUGUAUCAUGAACAGCGCCCCUAAUAUAUUGCACCCCCCACUUUUAGAAUUGUAGUCAUAGGAAAUAUAAUGGGAUUUUAGUCAUCUGCUAUCCCAAGCCGCUGCCACUGCAUUGGGAAAUUUCAUUUCCAAUUACAGCAUACUCGAAUGAUGAAACAACCAAAUUUCCUCGAAGAUUUCAUUUUAGCCAGGAGACUGACGGUAAAAUUGUGUAUACUUACUCUGCAUGCCUUUUUAAUUACUAGUCUUGACUAUAUUGUAAUUUCAGAUCGAGUGACAGAAAUAAAAGUUACCCGAAGUACA